AUGCAGAAUCAAAUCUGCGAUAUAGCGAGCACAUCAGAUGGGCCACCCAUUAUGUAAGUUUUUUUCUUAUCGGGAAAAUUCUAACAACAAUAGAAACAUUACAGGUGUUCAAGUACGAAUGAGCAAUUCAUCGAAGCUCCAGCAUUUUUCUAUGAUAUGGACACUGACUUCAAACAACUUCGUGUAAGUUGAAAAAUGAGGGAGCGAUCAAAAAUAAAAUGAAAACAAUGUUCAAUAAUUUAUGCGUUGAAGCUGGAAUAAUUGAGCAUUUUAUGAAUAUUUCAACAAGUGUGUGAAUAAAAAUAUAGAAUUGUAAUAAUUGCUUUGACUUUUGGAGGAACGGAAGAAAAAUAAUAAUAUUUUUCUGGGAAAAGAAUUGGAAAUUGUAUAUUUGAAAAUUUGAGAUUCACAUCACAGCAGGUUUCCUUUUUUAAAGUUAGAAUUUUCUUGAAAACUGAAAAAAAUUAGAUUUUCUUCAUCGAAAGCUUAUCAAAUUUUCAAUAUAAACGUUUCAGAACGACCUGGAAUGUGUUAAUCUUCUCAAUGACUUCGGUUAUCAAUCAAUAGUUGAGCGAUCUCGACAUCCUUUUAUGACAAGUUCAGUGUUGAAUGAAAGAAACACUUUUGAUUCAGAGGAUGAUGAACAAGAUGAUCAAUGGGGUAAGAUUUGUGCUUACUUUUGAUCCACAAAAAUGUUUUUCAGAUGGUUAUUUGACAGUUGGUUCGGAUCGUAUAAAAAUCAAAGAUAUGUCUGAUAUUCUGGCAACCCGUUAUGCAAUUUUGUCUGGUGCUCGGACAAACGAUGGGUUAUCUAUUGUGACAUUUCCCGAUUCUCGAACUACACUGUCUUUUGAAGAUUAUUCAUUAUUGAUUGUAUAUAUGUUACAAUCAAUUCCAUUAGAAGGAAAUAAUCGAAGUUUCGUAGUGAUUGUUGAUCGAAGAAGUGAUAAAUGGUCAUCGGUUCGAACGUUGCUCCUUCAAAUUACGGUAGGUUAAAGAUUAAAAGAUAACUGGAUUAUUCUGUAUUUUUUUAUGGGAAAUGUCAACCGGAAAUGUGUUGAAUCUGAACAUUUUGAAAUAUAUUUAAUAAUGUUAAAAUUUUAAUUUCCGCAAAAAAGUAACACUUGUGUCGAGAGUUUUGAAUGGAAGUUCUUUCUGAAAUACUGUUUUUUUUUAAUUUUUCAAUUGAACAAACCUUAAUAAUGCAAUUAGUUGAAAGGACUAUUCAAAAAAUAAGAAAAGUCUGAAAAUGCAUAUAUUGUACAAGUUCUGUAAGUCAUCUGAGUUCGGAACGCUUGUAAAUAAAUAUAUAACAAUUUCAAAUAAGAAAAUUUAGUUUUUUGAAUUGAAAAUUAUUUUUAUAUUGUAAAAAAUUUUGUAUUAAAAUAUGUUGGUCAAAAAUCAUCUUUCCAUGAUAUUUUUGAAAAAAAAAGUGCGCAACAAUUUACGCAUCUCUCUCAUUUUCUCUUCAAAAUCGCACCUCGCCUCACAUAUAUCAUUUCAUUUCCGGAUACACAUGACCACCGUAAUGUUUGCCUCGAUUUUUUUGCGCGGAAUAUGAAAAUGUCAAAAAACUUUGCGCGUAACACAAUUUCAAGCAAAAACCAUUUUUAUAUAGCUGUUCGGAUUGAUUCAGAUCAAAAAAUCAAUAUUUUCUUGUUUUUUUCCAGAAAAAAUUAUAAUGUAUGAUUUUUCAGUCAUUUUUUCCUGGAACAAUUCAAGUUGUUUACAUCAUCAAACCCGAGGGAGUACUUCAACGAGCAUUAGAAGUUGGAUAUCGUGGAAUUGCUGGAACUUGCAAUUUUGAGGUUCGUUUGAAAUUUGAUAUAUUUUCCCCAUUUUUUCAUUCAAUAUGCAAAUUUUAUAGUCUUCUUCUAUUCUUUUUUUUGUUUUUAAGCAAUUCUAUAUUUUAUGAUUUAAUAAGUGUGAGAAACUUUUAAGGACCCUUGACCUAUACAAAUCACAAAAACUUUGUAUUUUGUCAGAUAUUGAAAUUAAUUUUUUUUAAAAUAUUUUUUUAUGUUAGCUUGACCACAUUUCCUUCCGGAGCAAUUCCUCCCUUUUUCUCCCUGACUCCCUAGGAACCCCCCCCCCAAUUUUCUUUUUUCAAUACGUAUAAUCCAAUUUUUUGCCAUGUAUGUGUGUGGACAAAGGAAAUUGACCAGAAAUUUAUUUAUUUCACCAAUUCUAAAAAUGUUGAGCUUUAUAAAAUGAGCUAUCAGUAAAAAUUUAUAUAUUUUUUCCAGAUAGUACAACUUGAAUCAUCUGUUGAGCUCCGAAAAUAUUUUCGAGCUGAACAAUUGACGAUGGAUGUUGGUGGAAUUAUCAAAUAUAAUCAUUUGGAAUGGGUACAACAUCGGAUGGUGAGAUUUUCAAGCGGGCAUGGGUUUCCAAUGGGAUAUUUUUCAUAUCUGGUUCUUGUAAACUUGUUGAUUUACAUUUUUUCUUCAUUCAAAAAUCAGAACAAUUUCAAUAUUCACACACAGAAUUUCAUUUUCAAGUUUUGAUUUUUCCCAAUAACUUUACUGUUGCUUCCCCAAAACGGUGUUAAUGGUUUUUAACAAGUUAAAAUAUGUCUGGACCCCCAGUGCAAAAUUGAAAAAUUAGCUCAAUCGAAAAAUUCCCUGAUUUUUUUGAACACAUUUGUCAUUUUUGACCCACAUAUUUUCAUCGGAAAAUUUAAGAAAAUUUUAAUAAUAUUUCAUGAAUCAAAAAAACCGCCAAAGAAGCUUUUCUAUUGUUCCGACUGAAUAUUUCAAAAUUUUGAUAUAAAUCAAUCAAAACACACUACGACAAACAUAUUGUCUUCUGACUCUUUUUGACUCAAUUGUCCACUCUCAGAUGUGAGUGUGAGUGAAGACACAAAACCCGAUCCGCAAUUACCGCUUUCCGAAAGCAAAAACAUCUGGACACUUUUUUUCCCGCUCUCUGUUUUUUUUUCUAUCGGGUCGGUUAGAGGUUUUGCCAUUUGCCUCAUUUCCAUUAUAUUUCCUAUUUUAUAAUGGGUGCGGUAUAUUCUCAGGAUAUCGAGCGAAUGAAAUCAUCAGCAACGGCGAUUGCGACAGCUUUGAGUGAAUUUGGAAGAACACUUCGAGAAACUGAACUUCCGAAUGAUGUUGAUACAACUGCACGAAUUUUGGAAGCACAGACUGCAGAAAAAGAUGCGAUAAAGGUAUAAUUUUUAUUUUAUUUUUGGAGAGAUAGGUCCUUGAGAGGCUAAGAUUAUCUUCUCACAUUUCGCCAAACAUUGCGCAAUAUGCAUAAUAUUUGUUUUGAUUUUUAGGAAGAUUUUCGAAUAUCGGUUCGAAAAGGCACUGCACUUUUACGAUCGGUUAGACAAUUGGAUCGAAAACCGACUGCUGAACAAUUAUCACCAACUAGACUACAUAAUGUUACAUCGAUUGAGAGAAUGUUGAUUCAAUUGGGUGAGUUUCUGGUUUUUUAUUUGUUAUUAGAUUUUUUAAACAAAAAUAGUUUUGUUGUGGACAAUGUCCAGCUCCAUAGACAAAAUUCAACAAAAAAAAAACUUUUGAAAAAUUUAUGAACCGGAAAAUCGAAUUUCCAAGCACCUUACAUGAAAAUUAGUAGUUUUCUUUUUUUUUCCCUGAAAAAUGUGGCUUUAUACGAAAACAGAAAAUUUUUUCUCGGAUUUGAAAAUGAAGUUUUCUUUGCCAGUUUCUUUGAAACUGUAAAAUUAGUUCCUAGUUUCUAAAAUUGGAAUUUUUUCGAAAUGACUUAUGGAAUUCAAUUUUUCAGAAAAUUUUUAUCAGUUGAGUUAUCUAUCCCUAUAACUUUUCAUUCUCUUCCGUUUUUUCUUCUGAUCAAAUCAAUGUUUUUUCUGUUAGUGCAUCACAUUUUUUCAACAAAAAAAUGUGUUUUCUCCCUUUUUUUCUAAUAUCCACGAGUGUUUUUCACAGCUGCGUAGUGGUUCUGAAAAAAAAUGAAUUCUAACACAUCUGCGAGUAUCUUCAGAAAAAACCUAAUCCGCACCUGGGAUCAAAAUGCAAGAUUUCCCUCAAAAAAAUUAGUUUUUUUCUACAUUUUCACAUCACAUCUGUUCAUAUCCGGAACACCUGCAGAAGAUCUGUAAACCGACUUAGAAAAAAAAUAAAAAGAAAAAAAAGAAAACUUGUCAACUUUUGAUUUGAGAAAAAUGAAUAAUAAAAUUGUGUUUUUCCAGAAGAAACUGAAAAAUCAUUUGAUGCAUUUUGGGCAAAACACGAAACUCGACUUAGCAAUUGUUUACAACUUCGACAAUUUGAGGAAAAAUUCAGAAAGGUUGGUUUUUCAAUAUUAAAAGAAAACCUAUUGUUUUUUCGAAGCUUUUCACGCCCUUUUAUGAAAAAAAAUACAAGGUGAUACAUAUUAUUUUCUAAUGUUUCAAACAAACCAGUUUCUUUUUUCUUCUUCUUCGUUUUUUUGUAUGUGUUUUCUAAUGAAUAAGGAAAAGUAUCACUAUCAUUGUUUCUGAUUAAAUAUAUGUAUAUAGAUAGCUAGAUUGAUGUACAAUACAAUAUUUCUCUGUUUCAAUAAAUAUCUAUGAAGAAAAGUUAGGAACAGAACACAUAUAAUAAAAUUAGUUAUUUGUUUUUUUUUCUGUUUUUUUGCUGCUGGAACAAAUGUGCUUUCGUCGCCUUUCAUCAAAAACGCAUUUGUCUUUCAUUCACUCACUUUUUGCAUUUGACAACUUUUGUUUUUCUUACCAGUGAGAAAUUUUUUCGAGCGGCGCUAUGAAAAAUGUAUAUAAUAGAACAGACAUUUUAUUACAGUUACAAGCUGCGUUUGCCAGACAUAUGCUAUAUUUGGAAGAACAUCGAGAAAUUGGAGAUGGUUGUGAUAAAGCUGUUCAACUCGCUGAGCAACAUCGAGUUUAUGCAGAAAGAGCAAAGGUUAGUGCGAUUCUUGUGAAGAGAGACACGAACUUUUGAAAUUGAAUAUCAAAGAGAUAACAGAAAAAUGAAAUCCCACGUUAAAAAAUUAAAAACGUUAAAAAAUCUGAAGAUGUUAAUUUUUAAAUUAAAGUUUCUCAUUUCUAGUAUUUUUUUUCCUAGUAAAAUUGCGAGUUUUUUUUCAGGAAGACAUUACCGGCGCCAUUGAUUUAAAGAAAACUGGUGAGCAAAUGAUCUCUUUGAACGAAGCUGAACUUUGCGGAAGUCUUUUGCCGAAAUGUGAAGAACUCGAAAGAAUGGCUGAUGCUCUAACAGGAGCUUUAGAAAGACGAAGCACUGUUCUUAACAUGAGCAAAUCGAUGCAUGAACAGAUUUUGAAGGUGUGUGAUUUUAUUUUGAAUAAAACGUCAUUAAAAAUAAAAAUGUUUUCCCCACAUUUCCCAAAAUAGAGAAAAUAUUCAUUUUGUGGAAAACUAUAUAUAGCAAAAUAUGAAUAUUUUAGGCAAACAGCUGGUGUAAAGCAGGUGUAGAUAUUUUGACAUCAUCACUUCCACCUGAACCACAUACAUCAAACAUCAAUGCAUCAAUCAAUAAAAUGGAUGAAUUUCUCGAAGAGGGUUCAAACUUGAAAUUCUGUUUGGACGCUCUUGAUAACCCGACCUCCUGGAAUAACUUGAUUUUAAUGACGACAACUGAAACUUCAACCUUGCUCGCACAGGUGAGAAUUGGGAUAAUCUUCCGCGCAGCGAGAAAAAAAUAUCGCCGCCAUGAGACAGAGUAAACAUAACCCAUGCUAAAAGAUUAUUGACAAUUAAUACGCGCAAAAAAAGUUUUCCUCGAUUAAUUUAUAAAAUUUUUGUCUCAUAUCGUUUUUUGAAAUCGGAUAAGAAUUUGGAGAAGAAGAGGCAAGAAAAAGAACAUGAAUUAUAAACGCGCUAGUUUUCGAUUUAUCUAUCAACCCAUUAUUCCAAUGCAUUUUUGCUAUAUUAUUGGUAAUGAUAAUGUUGUAAGUUGAUAACUUUUUUAAUAGAUUUUAAAAAAUCGUGUUUUUGAAAAUUUUGAAUCACUGCCUAAGGGCUCUCAAAUUUUUAGCGGCAAUUUCGAAAGAAUUAAAUUUUGUAACUUCCUAAUUUCGAUAUUAAGGCCAGCAUUUUUCUGAUUCGAAAUAUAUUUCUGGUCAAUCGUUAAUCGUUGUUAAUUCAACAAUUUUUUCCAACACUUAUUUUUUGAAUGUUGUUAUAACUUUUCAGAGAAAAUCCAGAUUGUUAAUGUUUUCAAAAUUCUUCUUCGGAAAACAGAUUAGAAACACUUUUUCAAAAACAUGGAAUGGUUUAUUGAAAGUCGAAGUUUUCAUAAAACCAACCUUUCAUUUGCAAAAUUUUUCUAAAGAAAUUUCACAAACUUAUACCUUUUAUUCCAGAUUCCCUCAAACACAAGUUUUCUUACCAGAAAAUUUAUGAACUAUAUCUAAACACACAGUUCGUACUUGUUUUUUUUCCAAUCAUGAUUUCCAAACAUCGGAAAAAAAGGAAUAAAAAUAUUUUGUUGUUGACUCAAAAAGCGAUAUGAUUCACAUAUUUUUGCACCCCUAUUUCGUUUUGUUCUUUCAUUCUCCAUUCUAUGCUUUUCUAAACAAAAAAUCCCUGAAUAUUUCCUUUUUUACUACAUAUUUCAUCAAAAGAGAAACAAACUAUGUUUUCAUUGAAUAGAAAUGCUACAUCGAGCGUGAAAACGGUUAGACUUUUCCAAGUGGGGUUUUUGUUUGAGAUUUUCCUAUUGUAAAGGAUCACUGAUCGCAUAAAAAACUUUUUAUUGUUUUUUUUCUGAUUGCAAAAGAUUUUUUUUCUGUUUAGAACAAAUAAAUCGCGCAUCGGGAAAUAGGUGUCAAAAACCAAUCAAUCUAGCUUGAUUUUUGAUAGAUGACGGGAAAAAAACUUGCGAUAUUCUUGGAAAAAAAAAUAGAAAAUCGGAUGUGAGAAAAAACCGAUUGAUGUUAAAAACAGGAAUUCUGAAUGUGAGAAGAUUUGAAGAUACUUUGGAAUUUAUCAUAAGUUCAAGAAUUUGAGUUUUAGAUAUUUCAUUUAAAACCUAGCUAUGAAAUUCGUAUAAAAAUCCCGAAAAGUUUAUCUGAAAAAUAACAACAAAUUGUUAUUCCGAUGUUUUUGUGACAAUUUAUUUUGCCAUUUUUAUCUGAUUUUUCAAACGACAUUCUGUUUUAUUUUCGGAUUUUUCUGAUUCUAUUUCUUUUUGUAUCACUAUACUUUUUAAUGGUAUCAUAGUUCAAUAGGGACAUUUUUCGCAAAAAAAAAACAAACCUGAGCUCGUAAUUUGAACUAUACAACUUAUGUUUCUGAAAAAUUAUAUAUUUUCAUACAUUUCAAAUUCUGAAAAUUCUAUUUGUUUUGAAUGUUACAAGUUUUCAUGAAGCAUUUUUGAAUGAACGUCGAAAAAAGUUUGAAGUAGGUGUGACCGGAAAUCAUUAAAGCGUUCUAGAAAAUGCAAAUAAUGAUGAAGAAUAUGUGGUUUGAUCAAGGAAUUUAAACCAAUUUGUAAUUUUAGUCUUAAGGCAUUGAUCAGUUACAGUUUUCAAUCUGAAACGCAAGAAAAUGAGAGAUAUGUGAAAGAUCUACGUUUAUAUGAUUCUCAAAUUUUCAAAAGGAUAAUUUUUCAAAAAGUCUCCAAAAGGCUCCCUAUUUAAUUUAUUAUCUCAACCCAAAAAAAAAUCAUAUUUUAUCCAGGUUGCCGAAAGAAUCGAUGAUAUUCGUCGUAUGUCCGUCGCUCGUCGAAAUGCGCUCUCAAAAAUGUGUGAUGCAAAAAAACCGCAACCACCCAUCCAGGUGGUGACACCUGAAAAGAAGAAAACAAAAAACGGCAAAAAUUUGGAGGUUAGUUCAGUUUUUGUUUUGUUUUUCAAAAAAAAAAACAAAAAAAUUUUCGGGGGCCUUUAUUGAAAAUUUGCUUGCGAGGCGUCGAAAAAACAUUAAUAAUAAUAAAGGAGAAAGAACGUCACAAAAUUUAGUCGAAAAAAUUGAUUUUUUCUUUCCAUUUCCAUUUUCAUUUUCAUUUUCAAUUUUUGUUUUUUUUUUCUCACUACGACGGACCACUGAAAAAUAAUCCUUUUCUUAUUUCAUUUCGUUUUUCUCCAAUCCACUUGAAUAUUAUUAUUUUUCGCUUUUUUUUGGGCAACAUAAGUUUUCCCUUGAAAAUGUUGCAUUUUCAAUGAUGAAAAUGAAAAUGAAAAGUUUUAAUUAGAAUUAGAAAUCGAAAUAUUCCAGUUAUGGAAAUUUUGUUGGGAUGAUAAAAUCUAUUGUAAAAUUUUUGCGCUGUCAAAACGGCCGUAUAAUUGCAUAUAUAGUAGUAGUAGUAUAUAAUUGAACGGAUCAAUAACCCUGAAAGAGAAGAUCUGAUUACAAAAAUCUUCUUUUUCCUUAUUCUCAUCUAUUCAUCGUUUUUUUUAUUAUUUUUGGUUUUUUCUUAUUCCGUUCACCUGUCCGAUAAUGUGUUUUCAUUUAUAGAUAGAGGCAAUAUUUUAGAGGAGAAGUGAGUGGGAAAAAACAAGUUUCAAAUUGUGUUAUUUUCGUGUACGAAAUCCUUUUUUGAGAAGAAACGGAACGAAAUUUUAAAUUGCGGUUGAUUUGAUCCAGAUGUUCAGUGACUUUUUUUUUUUCGAUUUGCAAGAAUUAUACUAACAUGAUUCGAUUUCAUACCGUAAUUCUAAUUCUAAUUCUCUAAAAACACAAUUUUUUGUAUUCGAAAAACCCCCGAAUCUCAUUAAGAAGAGCAUGCACUUUGAUUAGUAUAUUUUCUCAAUUAUUUAAAUUUUGCCGCUUUUUCUCAUUUUCAAUGAAUAAUUACUCUAAUUUCCUUGUUUCUUUCCAAAUGUGAAUGGUCCCUCUUUUUUGACGGAGCUGUAUAUUUUUGUCUUCAAAAUUCCUUUUUAGUUAAUUGAGAAGUGAGUUUCAACAAAAAAAUAUGUAGGAGGAGGAAAAAAAGAUUCUCUGAACCCUCUAAUUCAAUUCAAUCUAUUUUUAUUAUAUAUAAUAUAAGAAACAUCUGUGAAACUCUGACGUUCAAAUUGUGGAAAAAAAAUUGUGUUUUUUUUUGGUUUUCGAAUUUAUUGAAAUUAAAUCAGGACUUUUCAAUUAGUUAAGUACAUCCUUUCAUGAUGUCAUUUUUUUCAAUUUUUAAGGUUGACUGAAAAUCCAAGGCUUCAAUUGUUCUCUAUAAUUAUUUUCGUUAUUUUCAGAAUAUGAUAAGCAUAUGAUAAAAAUUUUUGUUGAAAUAUAAUUAAAAUGGUUUGUUAACUACUCAGAAAACAGGGACUAUCAAAAAAGAAACAAGGCAAUUGCUUUUUGAAAAUAAGAAAGCUAAUUGAGAAAAAACACAAAUCAAAAGUAUUUGUUUCAAAAAUUCGAAAAAAAUUAAAUUUUUCCCAAGUAUUCGUUUCCCUAAUUAUUUCAAUUUAGUUUUUUUUUUAAUUUUUUCAAAACAAAACCAUUAUGAAAAACCCAUGAUAGUUGUUUUUUGAAUAACAAACUUAUUUUAUCAAAACUUCCGGAACACACAUAUUUUCCAAAAUUUAUUCGAAAGCAAGUUGUUUUUCCCAAGCCAUAUAUAAAAACAAACAACCUCAUUUCUCUCUUCCCGCCAAAAAUGACCCAGCACAUAAAAAAGAUGAUAGUUCUCACCCAACGCCCAAAACCAAAAAAAAACACCUUCGCCAUAUAGUUUAGCUGUUUUUUUGCAUCUCUGCACUCUUCCUCCUUAUUCUCCUCCUUCAUUUCAUGUGUUGUUUUAUUGUUUCUGCUUUGUCUUCACACCACUCCUUCUCUUUUCCUUUUCCUAGUCCUUAUACAUAGUUUUUUAAAAGGCUGUGCAAUGCCCUUCUUAUUCUUAGCGCCGUUAUUUGAUUUUAUAUAUUUAUUUAUUCAUUUAUUCCCUAUAAUAUUUGAGACAAAACGGUCUUCUUUUGUUUUAUAGUGAUAUUAUCAUCGAAGAUAAAUAAGUAAACAUCAUAAAACUCCACAUAGUUUUAGUUUAGUUUCAUUUUGAUUCAAUUUUUUGUCUUGAUAAUAUCUAGUUUCUCUUUUUUUUUCUCAUCUCUUGCAUUUUUUCGCGCAGUUUACUUUUCAACUUUUCAACAUCAUUAAUGCGCCUUUUUGUAAAUACAAAGAUUGAGCAAAAAAUUUAAUUUGCUCAUUGUUUGUAAUGAGAAAAAAGGUUCCCUUUCAAAUGUUGUUGAACCGUUUUUGUUGACCUCUUGAGAGUUGGGUUUUUUCUGUUCCCAUUGCGUAGAUAGAUUUUUCCUUUUGUCCGAAAAAUCUUUUUGACUUUUGAUUUCUAUGUGAGAAAAUAUCAACAAUCAUUGUUGUCUAACAAUAUUUUCUGUUAUGCUCUGUAGGGAAAUGUAUUUUUUGAUUUCAGAAAAAAAUAGAGAGAGAAAAGACAUAAACCCGUUUUAUUGUAUCUUUUUGAUUUUCUGAAAAUCAUUUUUUUCAACCUGAAAUCUCGGAUUUUUUUCUGAAAAUUAAACUGGCUAUUUUUUGAAAACACUUUAUUUUUCAAUUCUACCAAACUCUUAAUUUUCUGAAAAAUCUUUUAUUAGCUAUCAUUUCGAAAAAGUGAUUUCUAAUCCAAAUGUUCUUCCUUUCAUAGUCAAAACUAAUAAUUAUUUAUGUAUCUAUGCAUAUCUCAAAAAUCCCAAAAUCCGUCAAAAAUAUUUCUCUGAAUUGUUUAUGAAAACUUGUUAUGAGCGCGUUAACAUAAGUACUCUUUUUCUUUCUCUUCCCAUAUGGAACACACAUCUGGCAACUUGCCAAACCUACUACUUUUAACAAUUGCUUUCUUCUCAUUUUUUCUAAGAUGAUUUAUAAAGCUUUGUCUUUUUUUCUAAUUAAUUUUUUGUUCUACAUAAUUAUCGUUCUGGAACUCGUUGAAAACAACAAAAAAUAAAAGAAUUCCUGUUUAGUAGAUCAAAAUGAAACGUUCAAUUCCGCGUUUUUUGUCGUUUCGAAAAUCCAAACGCCGCCUUGUUACAUCAAUUUCUUUGCCGUUGAUAACAAUGAACAAUAAUCAUAAUGAUAUUGAUGAGGAAAUGGUAAGAUUUGAUUUUUUAUUCGAAAACUUUUUCGAAAAUUUUUUGAAUCAAGUCCGGUCCAGUUUAUGUCAAGCUAAAUGACCUGGUUUAAUGAAAUGGUGCGGAAUGUAAUUGUAGUGAAAUUGUAACUUUUUUUCACAUACUCUUUUUUGCGAUUGCAUAUCUACACAAUGUUUUGCGUCCGUCAAGUGGAAGCAAGCAGGGCCACUUAGAAACUAGUUGCCAACAAAAAAAAUAACAAAUUUGUUGCUCAUACGUACGUAAGAGCAAAGAUGCCUUGUUUUUCUAGAAAAAAACAUAAGAAAAAAACUAAACCUAAAUUAAGCUGAACUUUCAAAAAAACUCCGAACACAAAAACGAAACAACAGAAAAAAAACUGUUUGCGUUUGGAAUUUUAGGAUUCUUUCCACUCACUCACCCUAUUCUUUCCUCCAUUAUUUUCUAAAUAAAUUUGUUUUUUUUCUGACAAAUGGUGGGAAAAAAGACAGUUUCACCAAUUUUACCAUUUCAUUUUUGGAGUAAAAUUUUGACAACUUAUAGCUUUUUUCAAAUUGCAAUGAAGAUAAAAGGAAUUAAAAAAGUUGUAAGUUUUGAUUUUUGAUCUGCAAAAGUAGGCAGGGUUUCAAAAAAAAUAAAUUCAAAACAAAAUUGAGGGAUUCAUGCAUCUUAUCACUUCGUUCAUUUUUUCAGCAACAGCAGCAAAUUGAUAUGGAUUCAAAAGACAAUGAUUGUUGUUUUGGGGAUCGAUAUCCGACUGAAGGAAGUUCAACAAGUCAACAAUCAACUCCCACAACACAACCGAUCAUCACAAACAACACAUCUUCCAUGGAAACUUUUGUUAUUGCAGAAUUGGUAAGAGCUUUUUUUUUACGAAGAACGGGAGAAGAGAUAUGUUAUGUACAUACAUAUUUUUGGGAGAAAACAACAAACAUUUCUGAAAAAAAAAUAUGAUUAUUUAUCUGUUGAAAAAUGAGGGGUUGGUUAGAAUAAAUUUGGAUAAAUUUCAAAUUACUAUAGUGCAAGUUAUCUGAAAAAUGUUCCCAGUAAGAGUACUUGACCAAAAUUUGAUCUUGAAAUUUUUGGAACCUACAUUUAAAUUUUCAAAAACUACUCCUAUUUUUUUUAGCUAAAUACUGAAAGAUCAUAUGUUGCUGAGCUCGCAUCUCUCAUCGAAUUCUAUGUUGAUCCAUUCGAAUCACCGGAAUAUCAAUCACUAAUCCCUUCGCAAAUUCGAGGAAAAUCAGACAUUGUAUUUGGAAACUUGCGAGAUCUUCUCAAUUUUCAUUCGCGAUACGUGUUGACAGAUCUUCAAGCUAAUGAAUUUUCGCUUGCUGGAAUUUGCCGAAUUUUCUUACAACAUCGUAAUGAGUAAGUACUUUUUUCUUAUUUUUUAAAGAUAAUUUUAUCGAUAAUGAAUACAAUUUUUUCAGUUUCUUGAAACUCUACCGCACAUAUUGUCAAUAUAAAGCGACGAGUGAAGCAUUACGAAAAGAGUACACAGAAGCCAAUUCGUUUUUCAAUGAAUGUCAGAAACGUGCGUCACAUCCAUUGCCACUUGGUGCAUAUUUAUUGAAACCAGUUCAAAGAAUCACCAAAUAUCAAUUAUUACUCCGAGAAUUGGAACGAUAUUGUCAACCAAAUGUCAAAGAUAUUGUAAAUGAUGCUUUGAGAACAAUGUUGGAACUUUUGACACAAAUCAAUGCAGCUAUCCACCAAUUGCACAUCUCUGGAUUUAAUGUAAGAAUGAUUAAUUGAAAAAAACAAUUCAAUUGUAUCUGGAAAUUUUUAGGGUGACUUACGAGUUCUUGGACCUCUGCGACUCCAAUCAGAAUGCGACGUAUACUCAUAUAACCGCAAGAAAAAGGCAAAACUUUCGCGAGUUCAACGAAGAUUCUUAUUUUUAUUUGAUGGCGGAGUUAUGUUUUGCAAAAAGCGUACACCAUCUUCUACUCAACCAUCAACAAUGGAUCCUGAAUAUUAUGAACAUAAAAUUUGUAUACCUGUAAGUUUUUCAAAAUAGCCAGCGAUUUUUAGAUUUGAAGGUGUUGUCUUGAUACCUCAACGAUCUUGAUUCUGAUUCUUUUCAUUAUCAAAAAUUACAAACAUCAUCGUCUUUUUCAGAUUCUUUCACUUGGCUUUGCUGAAACUUCUCGAACUGGCGCUUCUCGUUUUGAAUUAUGGGAUGAGGCAAAAGUGGAUGCCUAUGUCAUUGAAUCAAUCGAUUCAGCCUCUCGUCAAAAAUGGAUUGAUCGUUUGAGCAAAACAGUUGGAAGCAACAAUGAAACAUUUUCCACAUAUGAAAAUCGCCAACAACGACCGGAAAGUUGGGCGAGUACGGUAUCAAAUGAAAGCUCAUGCUCGAGCAGUACUAGAGAUUCAAAUAGUGGAGACAGGUAAAUUUUUUUUUUGGCUUUUUGCGAUAACAGAAGAAUCAAAAUUUUACAUUUUUCAGUCAAAUGGACACAAAUGGAAAUAGUCACAUGACUCUAACUGAUCAAUAUGCUUCAACGGAAGAACCUUUGGAUAUUUCGGUGAGUAAAUUUUAUUAAAGGUUUCAAAUUACAAUUUUUCCAAACAAAAUCAUUGUUUUUUCAGAAGGACACUGAAAGCGAAGUGGAACUUGUAGAUAGUUGUUAG